AGCGCCGGCUCGUCCUCCCGCUCGGUCCGGUGCGCGCCGGGCGUGAGGGGCGCGCCGUCCGGGGGCCGGCCGGCUUGGUGCGGAUCUACUCGCCGCGCUUUCUCCGGAAAGAUCUCUUUGGGAGAGACUGCACGACGCGCUCGCCUUGCUCUUGGACUUGGGAGGAGCGCUAGGAAGAAGGGGACCGCUUUCUAGCCGCCGAGGAGACCUCACUUCUUUGUUUUUUAUGUCUGGAGAAAUGGACGAAGACGGUGAAGUCAGUUGAAGUCCGAAGAAAUAAUCAUCAGGGCAUUUCGAAGGCGCUUCAUCAAAACCUUCAUUCCCUGGCGCUUUACUUGUCUCACCGGCACUGCACCUUCUAGGAGCCUGGUGUGGAAUUCUUACCCUUUGGGUGUCUGGUGGCAUUUCCCCCCCAAUGUGGACUCCCAUGGGUUGGUCCCUUCUUUGUAAUUUGAAAUGAAAUGAUGGCCACACGUCGGACUGGUCUGCCGGAGGGAGAUGGUGACAACAAGCUCAAGGCCUGCGGGUCCCCCGCCUGUGAGGUAUCAAAAAGUAAAGAUGGAAAAGAACAAAGUGAAACUGUAUCACCAUCCGAAGAUGAAACAUUCUCCUGGCCAGGUCCCAAAACAGUUAUGUUGAAAAGAACAUCUCAAGGCUUUGGUUUUACAUUAAGGCAUUUUAUUGUUUAUCCCCCAGAGUCUGCAAUUCAAUUUUCAUAUAAGGAUGAAGAAAAUGGCAACAGAGGAGGAAAACAAAGAAACCGCUUGGAACCGAUGGAUACCAUCUUUGUCAAACAGGUUAAAGAGGGAGGACCUGCUUUUGAAGCUGGAUUGUGCACAGGUGAUCGAAUUAUAAAAGUCAAUGGAGAAAGUGUUAUUGGAAAGACCUAUUCCCAAGUAAUUGCUUUAAUCCAGAACAGUAUGUGUCUAUUCAAUUUCAGCGAUACCACAUUGGAACUUAGUGUUAUGCCAAAAGAUGAAGACAUUCUCCAAGUGGCGUAUUCUCAAGAUGCCUACCUGAAGGGCAACGAAGCCUACAGCGGCAAUGCCCGCAACAUACCUGAACCUCCACUGGUCUGCUACCCCUGGCUGCCACCCGCCCCGGUGCAGCCCCCCGAAACAGCCCCUCCAGACUCCUCCACGAGCAAACCGCAGGCCAGUCCCCCAGUACUGACGCAGCCCGGCAGGGCCUACAGGAUGGAAAUACAAGUGCCUCCGUCACCACCAGAGGUGGCCAAGUCAAACACAGCAGUGUGUGUCUGCAGUGAAAGCGUAAGGACCGUCAUUGUACCUUCUGAGAAGGUUGUAGAUUUGUUGCCUAAUAGAAGCGGCCACACAGUUCCCUCCCACAGGACUGAGGAGGUGAGGUAUGGCAGAAGCGAGCAGACCUCUUUCAAAACAUCAUCAAGAAAGACAUCGCCACCAUCCUCCAUUCCCACGUCCCAUCUAAUCCAUCAGACCGGCUCCAGGUCGUUGGAACCUUCUGGCAUCUUACUUAAAUCAGGCCAUUACAGUGGACACUCAGAAGGAGUGGCAAGCAGCAGAUCUCCAGCUGUGGAUUCUCCUCCCGUAUCUGUCAAUCACUAUUCUCCGAACUCCCAUCAGCACAUAGACUGGAAAAACUAUAAAACUUACAAAGAGUAUAUUGAUAACCGGCGGUUGCACAUGGGUUGUCGGACAAUUCAAGAAAGAUUAGAUAGUUUAAGAGCAGCCUCGCAGAGCACAACAGAUUAUAACCAGGUGGUACUGAACCGCGCUGCCUUGCAGAUACGACGUCGGAGCACCUCUCAGGACCGAGUGCCCCAGUCCGUUCAGAUCCGGCAACGCAGCGUGUCUCAGGAGAGGCUGGAGGACUCGGUGUUAAUGAAGUACUGUCCAAGGAGUGCAUCUCAAGGAGCGCUGACCUCUCCUUCUAUUAGUUUUAGUAACCAUAGAACUCACUCGUGGGAUUAUAUCGAGGGACAGGGUGACACCUUAGAAAACGUCCAUUCUGAAUGUCCACCACCCGAUGUAAAGGGAGAACGAAAGCAGACUUACAAGUGGAGUGGAUUUACCGAACAGGAUGAUCGGCGAGGUAUUUAUGAAAGGCAUAGGCAGCAAGAAAUUCACAAAUCUUUCCGAGGUUCCAAUUUUACAGUGGCUCCGAGUGUUGUGAAUUCCGACAACAGGCGAGUGAGUGGCAGAGGGGUGGAAUUGGUGUCUCAGUUUAAAAGAAUUCCAGCAGAUCUGAAACCACUGCAGCCCAACAGAAAUUUUCAAACUACCUGCGGAAUGUCCCAGCCUCGAGGUAUUUCACAAGACAGGUCACCUCUUGUGAAAGUCCGAAAUAAUUCUCUGAAAGCACCUACGCACGUCACAAAACCACCCUCCAGCCAGAACUCGUUUGUUUCCAUCAAAGACCAAAGACCAGUAAAUCACUUGCAUCAAAACAGUCUCUUGAAUCAGCAGACAUGGUUAAGGACUGAAAGUGCCCCCGAUCACCAAGUGGACACUGGGAAACCCCCGUCUCUAUCCGGAGCUUCUGUUAAGCCCACCCCUCCGAUGAGUGAGAACGCUGGCACUCCAGAUUUGGAAUUAUCCGUCACUCAAAGGAAUCAAGAUUUAAAUUUACAAGAGGCUGAAAUUCAGCAAUCAAAUGCUGUAGAUAGUAAAGAAACUGUCAUCCUAAGAGAAAAACCUCCAUCUGGUCGCCAAACGCCGCAGCCUUUAAGGCAUCAGUCUUACAUCUUGGCAGUGAAUGACCAAGAGCCAGGGUCAGACACCACUUGCUGGCUACCUAAUGAUGCUCGCCGAGAGGUCCAUAUAAAAAGGAUGGAGGAGAGGAAGGCCUCAAGUACCAGUCCACCCGGUGAUUCCUUGGCUUCCAUCCCAUUUAUAGAUGAGCCGACUAGCCCCAGCAUCGAUCACGAUAUCCCACACAUCCCCGCCUCUGCGGUCAUCUCUGCUUCCACCUCCCAGGUACCCUCCAUAGCAGCGGCCCCUCCCAGCUUCACAACUUCAGCUCCUUUAAUUCGACGUCAGCUCUCCCAUGACCAGGAAUCUGUUGGACCUCCCAGCCUGGAUGCCCAGCCCAGCUCAAAGACAGAACGAUCAAAAUCAUACGAUGAGGGCCUGGAUGAUUACAGAGAAGAUGCAAAACUGUCCUUUAAGCAUGUAUCUAGCCUGAAGGGAAUCAAGAUCACAGACAGCCAAAAGUCAUCAGAAGAUUCUGGAUCCCGGAAAGAUUCUUCCUCAGAGGUUUUCAGUGAUGCUGCCAAGGAAGGGUGGCUUCAUUUCAGGCCACUUGUCACCGAUAGGGGCAAGCGAGUUGGUGGAAGUAUUCGACCAUGGAAGCAGAUGUAUGUUGUACUUCGGGGCCAUUCGCUGUACCUGUACAAAGAUAAACGAGAACAGACGACUCCGUCUGAAGAGGAACAGCCCAUCAGUGUUAACGCUUGCUUAAUAGACAUCUCUUACAGCGAGACCAAGAGGAAAAAUGUCUUUCGACUCACCACGUCCGACUGCGAGUGCCUGUUUCAGGCUGAAGACAGGGACGACAUGCUAGCCUGGAUCAGGAGCAUCCAGGAGAGCAGCAACUUAAAUGAGGAGGACACUGGAGUUACUAACAGGGAUCUGAUUAGUCGAAGAAUAAAAGAAUACAACAGUCUGAUGAGCAGCAAAGCAGAGCAGUUGCCAAAGACCCCUCGCCAGAGUCUCAGCAUCCGGCAGACUCUACUUGGUGCUAAAGCAGAGCCUCGGACUCAAAGUCCACACUCCCCGAAGGAAGAGUCAGAAAGGAAGCUUCUCAGUAAAGAUGACACUAGUCCCCCAAAAGACAAAGGCACAUGGAGAAAAGGCAUUCCAAGUAUUAUGAGAAAGACAUUUGAAAAAAAGCCUACUGCUACAGGAACGUUCGGGGUCAGACUGGAUGAUUGCCCGCCAGCUCAUACUAAUCGGUAUAUUCCAUUAAUAGUUGACAUAUGUUGCAAAUUAGUUGAAGAAAGAGGUCUUGAAUAUACAGGUAUUUAUAGAGUUCCUGGAAACAAUGCAGCCAUCUCAAGUAUGCAAGAGGAACUCAACAAGGGAAUGGCUGAUAUUGAUAUACAAGACGAUAAAUGGCGAGAUUUGAAUGUGAUAAGCAGUUUACUAAAAUCCUUCUUCAGAAAACUCCCUGAACCACUUUUCACAAAUGAUAAAUAUGCCGACUUUAUUGAAGCCAAUCGUAAGGAAGAUCCUCUAGAUCGUCUGAAAACAUUAAAAAGACUAAUUCAUGAUUUGCCCGAACAUCAUUAUGAAACACUCAAGUUUCUUUCGGCUCAUCUGAAGACAGUGGCAGAAAAUUCAGAAAAAAAUAAGAUGGAACCAAGAAACCUAGCCAUAGUGUUUGGUCCAACUCUCGUGAGGACCUCUGAGGAUAACAUGACGCACAUGGUCACUCACAUGCCAGACCAGUACAAGAUCGUAGAGACACUUAUCCAGCACCAUGACUGGUUUUUCACAGAAGAAGGUGCUGAAGAACCUCUUACAACAGUGCAGGAGGAAAACACAGUAGACUCCCAGCCAGUGCCAAACAUAGAUCAUUUACUCACCAACAUUGGAAGGACAGGCGUCUCCCCUGGAGAUGUAUCAGAUUCAGCUACUAGUGACUCAACAAAAUCUAAGGGUUCUUGGGGAUCCGGAAAAGAUCAGUAUAGCAGGGACCUGCUUGUGUCGUCCAUCUUCGCGGCCGCCAGUCGCAAGAGGAAGAAACCGAAAGAAAAAGCACAGCCCAGCAGCUCGGAAGACGAACUGGACAAUGUGUUUUUUAAGAAAGAAAACGCAGAGCAGGGUCACAACGAUAUUAAAGAAGAGUCCAAAAAAGAGAGCGAGACACCGGGCAGGAAACAAAGGACCGUGGCUUGCAAAGAAAAUCACGCGAAGAAAGACGGCAGCGCGGCCAGAGCUGAUCAGCGAGCCCUGCGGGGGGAGAGCGCGGAGCCCCCGGCCCCCCAGGGCGCCAAGCAGAGCAGGUCGCCCACCCCGAGCUGUCGCCUGGCCAUCCUGAAAGAGGGCCCCAGAGCCCUCGCGGCCCAGAAGGCCUCCCACCCGGACGAGACGGGGCCCGACUCCGGCGCCCUGGCGAGGUUUUCCACCAAGAAAUCCACCAGCCCCGAACCCAGAGUCGGCGAGUUUCUGGUCAGUGUCGGCACCAUCACCGCCGACGACCCGGCAACGUCGCCCGCCCCCUCCGUGACCGGCCUCGACUCCAGCCGGCUGAGCCCCGAAGUGCAGUCGGUGGCCGAGAGCAGGGGCGACGACGCCGACGACGAGAGGAGCGAGCUGGUCAGCGAGGGGCGGCCGGUGGAGACGGACAGCGAGAGCGACUUCCCCGUCUUCCCCGCCGCGCUGGCCUCCGAGAGGCUCCUGCGAGGAAAGCUGCAAGAGGCCACGAAGACGAGCCGGCGGAACUCGGAAGGCAGUGAAGUCAGCGGUACAGAGGGGAGUUUAACGCCGAGUUUAGAGAGCCGGAGACUGCUGUUCAGUUCCCAUAAGCUGAUUGAGUGUGACACUCUGUCCAGGAAAAAAUCCGCCAGAUUCAAGUCAGACAGCGCGACUCUAGGAGAUGCCAAGAAUGAGAAGGAAGCCCCUUCCAUCACGAAGGUGUUCGAGGUGAUGAAAAAAGGAAAAUCAACAGGGAGUUUGCUGACACCACCAGCCAGAAGCGAAUCCGAGAAACAGGAACCCACCUGGAAAACGAAAAUAGCUGAUCGGUUAAAACUGAGGCCCAAAGCGCCGGCAGAUGACAUGUUUGGAGUAGGAACUCAAAAAACCAACACCGAUCCUGCCAAAAGGAAAAACAUCAAACGCAGACACACACUGGGAGGGCACAGGGAUGCUACUGAAAUCAGUGUUUUGAAUUUCUGGAGAGCGCAGGAGCAGAGUGGGGACAGAGAAUCCGAACUCUCAGCUGUGACUCGGUUGAAGCCCAAAUGCUCAGCCCAGGACCUGUCCAUCUCAGACUGGCUGGCCAGGGAGCGGCUACGCACCAGCACGGCCGACCUGAGCAGAGGGGACGCGGGGGACCCCCAGCCCCAGAGCCUUAGCACGUUAGACAUACCCACCACGGACCCAGCCCUGUCUUCUCAGUCCCAUGCAGACAGUUCUCCCAGCACCUUGGCUUCAACUAACAGGCCCCCUCUUUCCACACCACCACAGUCACCUGACCAAAUCAAUGGAGAAAGCUUCCAGAACACGAGCCAGAACGCCAGUUCUGCAGCGACAGCCCAACCUCAUCAACUGUCCGAAACCCCAGGCAACAAAGCACAGUUCCAUCCCUGUCUUUAAACUGGGGGUACGUCCACUCCAGCGAAUAAAAGCUACUGUUACACGUUCCAUAACUCUGUAAAUAUUUUCUUGUACCAGAAUUGUUAUUAUGCAGCCUUCAUUUGGGCUGGUUUCAUCAUUUUGCACUGUGAAAUAGCUUUACAGUGCAUUACUACAGCCAGAAGAACAUAUAUAUAUAUUUAAAAAUAUAUUGGAUAGUUGUAUACAAACGAGCAAGGUUAUUUGUUGCGACUCAACGCAUAGUGCAUACACCCAAGAUUACUGAAGAAAAUAGCUGGCAUUAGUAUGCAGCAAAUGUGUUCUUUUGGUUUCAUCACUAACAAAAGUGCCUCAUCAUAAAAAUACAUUUGGUUUUUAGGGUGCCAUAUUGUUAAAAUUAGAUAACUUACACUGAGUAAACAAAUGCGUUUUAUUGGUAACAAAUUUCAUCACAUUUACCAGUUUUAACACAGGUAGAUACAGAACUUCCAUUCUCUAGUCAUUCCAGGUGGAUCUCUGAGUUUUCUAUUCAAACUUUUAAUACAGUUUUUGAGUUUUGUGUGACUUGAAUUUUUAAUCUUUCUGUAAAAUACGUAACUUAAAUGAACAUAUUAUAUGUGUAUCUUUUCUUCAGAUACCAGAUUUGAUAUAAAUGUUGUAACAUAGGUGUGUAGAUAGUGACCUGGAUGGAACUGGCUUCUUUAUGGAGAAGAAUAUAAUUCUGCAUGAGGACUUAAUGGAUCCAAACCUGUGUCAUGCCUGUGUGCAUACCCAAUUAAACACUGGAAAUAAAAAUUGUU